AAAAUAAACAAAACCCCGAAACCUAACAAAAACAAAGCUUCACACUCUUUCUCUCUCUCUCUUUUAACUAAAACACUACAUUAUCGAUCCUCUCUAUUAUUCUCAAAAAUAGACGCAAAAUCAAAACUCUCUCAAAGCACACAAGAAAGAAAGAAAAAGAAAAAAACCCUAAUGGAAUCGGUGGAUUCCGGGUCACAUCGAUCCGACCCGGUAAAAGGAGACGACCCAGGUCCAUCUUUCGUCUCUUCGCCACCGGCUACACCUAGCAGGUACGAGUCACAGAAGCGACGAGACUGGAACACGUUCUUGCAGUACCUCAAGAACCACAAGCCUCCUCUUGCGUUGUCACGGUGUAGCGGAGCGCACGUGAUCGAGUUCCUCAAGUACCUCGAUCAGUUCGGUAAGACCAAAGUCCACGUGGCGGCUUGUCCUUACUUCGGCCAUCAGCAGCCUCCGUCUCCUUGCUCCUGCCCUCUCAAACAGGCUUGGGGAUCUCUCGACGCUCUGAUCGGACGGCUGAGAGCUGCCUACGAGGAGAACGGUGGACGGCCGGAUUCAAACCCGUUCGCCGCACGUGCGGUUAGGAUUUACUUGAGGGAAGUAAGAGAGACUCAGGCAAAGGCUCGCGGGAUCCCUUACGAGAAAAAGAAACGGAAACGGCCACCAACGGUCACAACCGUUAGAGUUGACGUCGCUUCUUCGAGACAGAGUGACGGCGACGCUUGUAACGUCGGUGCUCCGUCUGUCGCCGUACCGCCUUAAUCAAUAUUAAUUAAUAUAUUAUGUAGUAAUAUUAAUUAUUUAUAGGGUUUUCUUGGUUUUAUGAUAUAUAUACUUAUUAAUAUGUCUGUAUGGAACUCCCUUCACCUUCUCUUGUUCCGUGGUUACUGAUUAUCAAUUUUUGUUGAGUUGAUCGUGAAAACAUAUUUAUAAAAUUAAAACGGAGAAUGGAGAUUUUUUUUAUC